UUCGAACGUGUCGGGAGUUUUUAGUCGAGCGCCAAACGCAGCAAAAAACAAAACUAUAAUAUAUACAUACAUACGAGUAUAUGUGCAUAUUCACUAAAAAAAGGUGGAGAGUAAAUAAAAAACAACACGAAUGGUCAGUCGACGGCAGCGUGCAAGUCACACGAGCGUUGUAUAAUAAUUACGAGUACACACAAAAAAUAAAAAUAAAAACACCGACUACUAAUAAUUAAAUGUUCAGUCCCAGUGCUUGUGCUUGUCCAGUGAAGUGUCUGGAUGCAUUGCAACAACAACCACUUGUCUUUUUCAUUUUUAUACGCUUUAUUAGCUCUGGUUUUUCAGUUGUUGUUGCUCAUCUCGCCGCUGUACAUAUGAGUAGUACAUAUAUAAUAUCGUAAAUUGGCGCGUAGUUAGCCGGUCUUGUGUGUUCAUGAGUAAGUGUCGCAGUCGAGACGGUGAUAAGUAGCGUGACACAUCAAUAUAAUCCAAAUAUUUGACAGUUUCUUAAUAAUAAAAUAUAUAAAUGCACGUGCUGGAAGGAUCGCUAAGCAUUUUAAAUAACAACUACUGAUAAGCGGCCAUACUACAACAACAGAACACGCUCCACACUUGAGCGAAAACUAAGACCUUCUGCUUAGUGAAAUCACUAAUAAGUAGUAUAGAGUGCGACCACAACAAUUUAUUAGGUCGGGCACAGUUAUUCUUUGCCUCCUAUAACAUUGUGAGUGUGUGCGUGCUUAUCAACGCUGCCCACAGGGAAUACCCGAGCAGAAUCAGAAAUGGCACAAUCAAAUGGUAAUCCCACAACAGAGGAAAUAAUUGACAAUUUAGAAGACAUGCUGAACGACCGCAUUUCUCAAGAGCCGACAGCGCCGCAAGUUUUUCCACAAUCCGUCUCCUUGCCGGUUAUGGCCCAUAUGCAGGCGCCAACGGCCCCCAGUCCCACACCUGCCGAGGCCUAUAUUCGCAUUAUCGAGGAGCCCGCUGAAAGGGUUACGCGAUUUCGGUAUAAAUGUGAGGAUCGCUUCGCCACCCCUAUAGCUGGCAAAAAUUCAGAUGCGCAGAAGUGCAAAACGUAUCCCACAAUCGAGAUAGUGGGCUAUCAUGGCAAGAAGGUGGUCGUUGUGUCCUGCGUCACUCGCGAGAAGCCCUAUCGCCAGCAUCCCCACUGGCUGGUCAGCAAGGAUGACAGUAAUUUAUGCAAAAAGGGCGUAUAUCGAAUUAUGCUGCCCCCCGAGCAGAACACCCUCGAGCUCCAAAAGGUGGGCAUCCAGUGUGUGAAAAAGAAUGAGGUAUUAAGCUCGUUGACAGAGCGUCAGAACAUGAAAGUAGAUCCUUUCAAAGCCAAGUUCGACCACAAGAACGACAUCGCCUCCAUCAACAUGUACGAGUUGCGUUUGUGCUAUCAGGUUUUCUUGCCUGAUGCCAAGAACGAUUUCAGGAUACCGCUCAACCCUGUCGUCUCAUCCCCCAUUAUUGGCAAGAGCAAGGAGCCCCUUAUCGCUCGACUAUGCAGCUGUGCUGCGAAGGUCACCGGCGGUGAUGAGAUCAUCAUGUUGUGCGAAAACAUCAACAAGAACGACAUACGGGUGCGCUUCUUUGAGACGAACGAACAAAACGAUGUGAUUUGGGAGGCAGACGCCGAAUUCCAGAAGACGGACAUUUACAAGCAAAUGGCUAUAGCAUUUAGAACGCCCCGCUAUCGGGAUCCGGAUGUGACACACAGCGUCUUUGUUUAUCUUCAAUUGGUGAGGCCCACGGAUAUGGCUACGAGUGAUCCAGUGGCCUUCGAGUACUAUCCCAAUCCAGGUAUGCUAACAUUUGCACGCCUUCAGCGUAAGCUUAAGCGCAAGCAGGACCUGGAUAUAUUCCAGCAGAUAUUGUCGUUAGAUAGCGAGACUACCGCGACAAAAUACUCGUGUCCGCCACUGGACUUGAACGAGGAUGAGAACAACACCGUCUCAUCGGAUGACAGCGCAAGCAAGCAGCAGAGCUCCGGCACACUUAAUGAGUUCGAGAUUGCUGUUCGGAAGCUGCAAACGGACUACGAGGUUAACGAGGGCGAUGCCACCGAAUAUGGGGAUGCUAUGGAUAAUGACAAUGAUAUGGAGAUUGAGUUGGAGGUGCCGCAAAUGUUGCCACAACUGGCCGAUGAUUGCACCCAAACCUCCACACCUAUGGAGGAUAUACUGAAGCAUCCGCAGCUAGAGCCACGGCCGCUGUGCAAUGUAGAUAAGAUAAACGAAUGGAUGCGUUCCAGCGAAUUCGAGCGCACUGACAGCCUCACUGUGGAGAAUGGAGACACGGUCUCGUUGUCCACAGCCACGGCCCAGACAGCGUUCACCAAUGUGAGCAGCUUGACGGCCAAUACGACCAUAACGAACAACCUGGAAGAGGAGGGUAGGGAGGCCCCCACCUCGCGACGCGACACCCUGGAAAAUUCUGCAGUUAAGGACCUACCCAUUGGUGGCGAAAGCGAACUCAACGAUUUGUUGGAGGAUUUGCCGCCCAGCGCCAGUGCGCAGGCAUCUGUGGACAUGGACGAGAACUUUGACGAUAAUGCCACCUAUACCAGCUUGCAAAUAGCCUUUAACAAUCCCAUCGCCAUACCUAACGAGACACAAAGUGUUGCAGUUCCACUGCCAGUCUUUGACCAACUGGAUGAGGCCGAACUUGUGGUGCUCACAAAUCCGCCAGCGCCCAAGAUCAAAGUGAAUGCAGCCCAAACCCCGGCCACGCCACCGUCCCCACCGUUGCCAUUGCCGCCGCGCACACCAUCACCCGAUCCGGAGUACAAGUUGCCACCGCUGCCGCCCAAGCCGCGCCACUCACAAGAUCUAAGCGUGAGCGUCAGCGAUCAUAGUCCAUCGAAUUCGAUGUCGAUCAGUCGGUCGCGCAAUGGCAGCGUUUCAUCCACACGCACCACGCCCUCGCCCAUCGUCAUUAUGCGCACCCCGGAUCAAAGCCCAACCAAGCGGCAGGCAACGUCCUCGUCCACACCCACCGCCUCGCCCAAGAAACGACAGGGCUUCUUCUCCCGCCUCUUCUCGCGCCGUAAGAGCAGAACCGAUGACGAAAGCUCACAGGGUAGUCCCAGCAAGCAGCAAUCGGGAUCACGUCUUGGCUCACGCGCCACCACUCCCACAGGAAGUCGGGAGCCUAGUAUUGCCCACUUCUCGCUGGGCGAUCCCAAUCGAUGCUCUGCUCGAUCCACCAAGUCUAUGCAGCCCCAAUCUAACAGCAACAGCUUAGGCUUGAGUCCCCAGAAUAGCACGAAUGCGUCGCGUAGUGGAAAACCCGUGGGUCGGAGCUCCAGCAGUGUUUCGGGCAAGCGACCCACCCAUCUCAAUGCCGAUGUUAUACACAUACCACUAAAGGGGGGCGAUAGCGAGAACAGUUUGCUCCACCCCGAGAGCUACUCGAAUGCCAGCACCUUGACCUAUGGCCGACCCCUAGAUCGCAAGACCCUGAGCACUCUGCAAUUGGCCGACAUACCCAUUAGCGAUGGCAACAUGGAGCUGGUGGCCAUUGCCGAUCGCCAGAGUAUUAAGAACCUGUGUGAGGGCGCCUAUGGUGUGGUACUUGAUCCUAGUGUCGAUUUGUCCGAGGCGGAGCAUUUUGCUUUGUACACUAGCAAAUCACCGGAGCCACCAGUGGGCGAUGGCGAGAGGGGCGAUGUGGAUGUUGUGGAGUUUCUGAGUCCUGACGAGAUCGCUCGACGGCUGGCCGAGGCCAAUGGGCUGCAGUGAGGCUGCGGCUUAGUUAAAUGCAACUUUAUUUUUAGCCACAAUAAUAUUCUAGUCGUGUUUUCUUUCAGUAUUACAUACUUACAUACAAACAUACAUACUCGUAUAUAAUCGUAUAUAGUGCACACUGUUUCUAACCCUCACUACCC